GGGUGCAGACAGAAUCCAUCAUUCAGAAAAAAAAGCAGCUCUUCACUCUUUAAGUGGACGAGAUGUUCUUCUUCAUCCUCGCUGCCGUGCUUGUGGCCGCCGGGCAGUCGGCUCCUCUGGGUCACUGCGACACGCUGACUCAGAAGUUGCAAAUCCAAGGUCGGGACCAGUUCUUGGGCAGGUGGACCAUGGCGGCUGCCAGCACCAACAUUGGCGGACUCGUGGCCAUUACCACGACCUGGCUGGACACUCUGUGGUUGAAAAUCACGCCAGCCAAUGAGAGCGAUGCCUUCUAUGUGUUUCAUGUUCAGAAAAUGCUUGGCAGCUGCUACAGCACGACUUACAAGAUGACUUUGGCCAACAACGCUCUCGCCACGGUGCAACCUCUUCCUGCCUCUGGGGCUCUUCUGAUGACCAGCUGCGCCGACUGCAUGGUUAUGCAGUCCAAUUAUACCAUCGGGGGAAGCCCGUACAGCGAAGUGCUGCUUCUGACUAGAAGAGCCAAAGUGUCAACUGCUGAGAUGGAGGAGUUUAAGAGACAAGUGGCCUGUCUCAACUUACUCCCUGCCAUCGUCAUGGACUCCGACAAAGGCUUUUGUCCAGAUGACUUAAAAAACACCGCAGAUCUGACUGACCCAGUCUCUAGGUGGUUUGAACGCAGAAGAGUUUAAACAAUUCCACCAGUUUGUCAACAGCGAAUUUGGACUAAAUGGGCUUUUUGAUUUCAUGAGCAACCUUCGGUAACCCGCAUAAACAUGGUUGAUAUCACAUGAAGAUUGCAAUAAAAUUGACAACAGCUAAAAAAA